AGAGGGCCAGGGCAAAGGUGGAGCUUAAAAAAAAAACUUUCUAUGGUGUCAACUGUGCAUGUGGCGGGACUCCUGAAAUCCAAGUACAGUACAGGUACAUGACUUGAGCCUUUUGGAAGCUAGCCCUGCUGAAAGUUGUGCAUUAGCAAGUUUGCUAAGGUGCUACACUUACACUUCUACUAGAGGGGUGAAUAAACACAGUGUGCCCAAGCUAGAGGAAACAACCUGCACCUGCCCCAGUCCCGGCCCCGACCCCUUUUAUGUCGUGAGAGCUGAGAUGGAGACCACUGCUUAUAGAGAACCAUUUGAUGCAAUCGGUAUAACUCCUCCUCGUGGGAGGCAAGGCCACAGUGUACCCACACCCAGGCCUCUCACCGGAGGGAUUCAAGAUCAACAUACUAAGCAGAAACCAAACCCUGGUGCCAAUAUAGUUCACCAACCCCAGGUUGCCAAGGCAACAAAGAAGGCAGGCCCUUCCCCUGCUCAGUUUUAUUCACGCAGAGAGCAUGCGUUUGGGGGUUCCUUGUCCAGACUCAACCGACUAGCGUCUCGAACAGAGCUCUCUUACCUGGAGAGUUUCUCAGAGGUGGAGGAGGCGGAACCUGUAAUAGAAGUUGAGAAUGGAGACAGUGAGGUGUUUGAUUGUGACAUGAAUUCUGAUCGACCAACUAGUAGACAGAGCAGGGCAUCAGGUGACCUAGGAGCUAGUCGCAACUCUGAGCGGAGGGCUACUUUGGAACAGUUUUCCGGUGAUUCUCUCCUACACUUCAGCUACAGUACACAUGCAGGCACAAGCUUGGGCCUAAAUGCAGAUUUAGGUGGCUCGUUUGUGCAGGCCUUUGCUCAAGGGCUCGACUCUUCUUUAACUGUUCCCUUCCUAGGGCAGUCAUCCUCGUCUCCCGAUGUGAACGCAUCCACCCUUUUCCCCACUACCGCUCGCAAUCCGAACAAAGCCAUCAUCACAAUCGACGCCCUAAGCUCUAGGAUACUCACUGCUAACGAGAUGACUUGUGAGCUGUUUGGAUAUCAGCGCAACGAGCUUGUCAAUAUCAAAGUGCAGAGCCUGUUCACAGAACCAUAUAGAGCAGAGCACAGAGCACUCAUUGAGCAGAACAUUGACUCUUCAGGGAAAACUGUCCUCAUCAGUGGGAAAGUGAUGGAUGCAGUUACAUCGUAUGGGGUCGAGUUUCCCGUAUCAGUGUGGAUGAAGAGAGUGGGUGUGGCCCUGUCUCCUGACGUCCCUGGGCCACUAGUCUCACGAGUCAUUGUCAUUGUGGAACCAGUGGAGAGAUCGUCAGCUAUACUCACGAUCAACCAAAGUGGAACAAUACUAUCUUUUGACCCUUGGUUUGCCUGUCUGUUUGGCUAUACUGAAUCGUUUGCGAUGGCAGGGAGAAACAUAUCCGAGUUCUUACCCUCACUAACACUUCCCAGCAAGCCGGGUGAAUUCAAUAAUGUAACAAAGAAGCAAGCCAUUACAGGGCGGUCAAUAGAUGGCACUGUGUUCCCAGUUACCAUCAAGUUUACUGAUGUGUCUCAGAACCUGUCCAUCGGUGAUCUCUAUUCUCCCACCAACACAGCCAGUGGCAACCCGCUGGAUGAGAUUAUUGAGAGGAUGUGUGCUCCUUCUCCCAUUGUGAAGCAGCCACCAAGAGACCACAGUGCUCCCAGUACAGUCUCCGAUGAGGAUACAUUCACAGAUGCUGCCAUGCAAGACAAGCCAACAGCCAGUCACCAAGAGGGGACAGUCCCUGAACCUGACUCGUCAGAUCAGUUUGUGAUCAAUGCUAAAGUAGUUGUGUAUGCUGCAUUGAGUGGCAUGAUAAGCUUCCUGCCAGACGGGUCCAUCCACGGCUGUAACAACCAAUUCACCUCCAUGCUCUUUGGCUAUAGUCAGGAAGAGCUAUUUAAAAAGGAUAUCACAUUUCUAAUCCCCGAGUUCUACAGUUCUAUAAACUAUAUUGACGAGAGUAGCAUUCCCCUCCCCCCACUGGACGAGGACCAAGAAGACCUCUUCCACUCUGUGAUAGAGCGGUCAUUCUCCCCAGAGAGAGCCUAUGACCUCAUCCAGCAAGCAGGUGUUAGUUGCAGUGAGGCUUCCCUCUCUCCAAGGCACAGUAAGGGUGGUGGUCGUCAUCGCUCCCCCGCAAGACGUGCCUUGAAUAUUCACUCUCCACAACCAACCCCCCACAAACAAUCAGAUUCCUCCCAGGACUAUUCUCUGAUGUCUACUGGUGAGCUGGUGCUUCCUGAUUGCUCAGAAAGCUCACAGCCAACAGAAGCAACUACUAUGGGCAAAGCCCUGGACGGUAUUUCUGCUGCCUCCAGUGAUGAGGAUUUGACUUCGACUUCUUCUGAUGUAAUCAUAAAUCUUCAUCAUGGAACAGAUGUUUUCUCGUCGUCACCUGAUCCAAAGAGCCAAGUCCAAUCUUUGAUGGGAGCCUCUGUUGUCAUCCAAACAGCUACCACGCAGUCUCUUCCUCCAGUUCCCAAUAAAUUGGUCCCAUCACAGUCUACUGAACGAAUAUUCGAGAUCUUAAGGCAGCAUGACUUGGAAAAAAGUGAAAAACAAGCUACCCUGAGUGGAAGUGACCCACUUGAGCCGUUAUCUUCAACUCCAGCUGGAAAGUCUGCUAAAGUCAGCUCGAACACUAUGUUUACUGUAGGUCAGCGCAGAGAGAGCUAUGAAUCUGUCCUCUCCAUUAGCUCCCUGCCCGAAGGCACCUUCCUGGGAGAGGCUAGACACAAAGAUGGAUCACUGCUAGCUAUAAUAUUUCAAUUGAAGUGUAUAGCUCUGGCCAAUGAUGAAAAGGUGUUUUGUGUGUGGAUCAGUAGAGACCUGGACCAAGACAGGGCGAGGACAGCUGAUCUCUCCAUGUCCAUGAGCAGACCACCCCCUGAUCCAUACAGGACAAACCAGUUGAUCUCACCUGAUGUCAUCACUCAUCCGGGAGGAGAAACGGAUCCCUCGGCCCCCUCCCCCCUAACACUGGGCCUCCACCCUUCCCAGCACAGCGAAGAGUCGGUAGCCAUGGAUGGAGAGUACAUGCUCAGCUACAACACACUCAAGGACAUUGGGAAGGGAGCGUUUGGGUUCGUCAGGCUUGCUCAGAGAAAAGAAGAUGACUUUAUGGUUGUAGUGAAGUUUCUUCGUAAGAGCAGUGUGCUGAAAGACUGCUGGAUGAUAGACGAGGAAAUGGGGAGAGUGCCUUUGGAGAUCAGUCUACUCGCCCGCCUCUCACACCCAAACAUUGUUCAGCUCCUGGAGGCAUAUGAGAACGAGUUCUUCUUCCAGAUGGUGAUGGAGAAACAUGGUGAUGGCCUGGACCUGUUUGAGUUCAUCGAGAUGGGUCCUCAAUUAGAAGAGCCACUCAUUAGCCACAUGUUCAGACAGUUAGUAGCUGGACUGUCAUACCUUCAUGACAAGAGCAUUCUUCAUAGAGACAUCAAGGAUGAGAACAUCAUCAUUAAUCAGGAAUUCCACAUCAAACUGAUAGACUUUGGGAGUGCAGCUUACAUGGCUCCUGGUAAAGUCUUCAACACGUUUUGUGGGACAUUGGAAUACUGCUCCCCUGAAGUCCUUCUAGGAAACAGCUAUACAGGUCCUGAGCUUGAAAUGUGGGCGCUUGGCGUAACUCUCUAUACUCUAGUGUUUGGGGAAAACCCUUUCUUUGACAUCGAGGAGACAAUUUCUGGACAUUUACAACCACCUUUUCUCACUUCACCUGCUCUGAUGAAGGUCCUGUUCUGGCUGCUUCAUCCAGACCCCGGCUCAAGAGCAACUCUCAAGGACCUGCAGAAAGACAAGUGGACCAACCAAGAGGUGGAUCCUGUUUCUUACAGCUUUGACGCUAUCCUAGGAAUGAAAGCAUCGAAAAAUGCAGUGAGUGAAGAAGGUCUUGUUCUAGUCGGAAAGUCCAACUCUGAGAGUGAUGCACUCUAUCUACACUCUGCUUUCAAGCAGCAACUUCAAAUGACUGGACACUAUAACAGAUAGUACGUACUGUACAUUGUCUUUCACGUGUUGUUGUGUAAUUCACAUUUGGUCGAUUUUUUAAGCAUCAUAUCUGUGUGUUAUUUUGUAUUUGUACAUUUAAUAUUGUAUCAAUGUAUCAACAAAAUAAUUAUGGUUGAUUGUUGA